AUGCAAGUGGUAACCACAAUCUCCGGGCACAGGCUUGGAGGGCUUACGAUAACCUCUGUAAUUAGAGCAUUUGAGAAUAGAAUUUGGAAGUGA